AUGGGCCCGGGCAACGGCGGCGCCGACGGAUCCAUCCUGCUGGCGGACGGCGAGCUCCAGCGCCGCGAGAACCGCGGCCUUGCCGACAUUGCCCAUCUGAUCAUGAGCUGGCACAGCGAAUUCGGCCGGUACUCGCCCCACCCACCGUCCGUCGCCGACCUCAUCCAGAUCGGUGCCAUUGUGGCCGCCGUGACGUGCCCGGGCGGGCCCCGGAUUCGCGCGUUUGUCGGGCGCCCCGAUUUCAACGCCGGCAGCACGCCGCCGCCGCCGCACGAGCUCAUCCCCAAGCCCACGGACGACGCGCAGACCAUUCUGCGCAAGAUGAUCGCCAAGACGUUUACGGCCGUCGACCUGGUCGCGCUCCUCGGCGCGCACUCCGUCUCGCGCCAGUACUUUACCGACCUGGCGCGCGCAGGCGCCCCCCAAGACACGACCGACGGCGUCUUUGACACCAAGUUUUACGCCGAGACGCGCGCGCCCCACGCGCCCUUGGGCGUCUACCGCAUCGCAUCGGACGUGGCCGUGGCGCGCGACCCGGCGACGCACGCGCUGUGGCGGACCUACUCGGGCGCAGACGCAGCGACGCAGGACCGGUGGACGGCCGCGUACGCGUCGGCGUACGUGCGGCUGAGUCUGCUGGGCGUGGCGGAUCUCAACGCGCUGACAGACUGCAGCGGGGUGCUGCCGCAGGCCAAGGCUCUGCCGUGA